AUGUCUGCCGAUCAAAUACCUGAUUUUCAAGUAGUAGAAUGUUUUGAUUUGAUGGUUAAUAAAUGUAUUGCAAAGGAACGCAAGAUUGGAAAACAAACAGGAAAAUUAAUUGAGUUUAUUUGGAAAAUAAUUGAAUUAGUUGUUAUCAUUGCAUUUAUUGCAAUUCAGUUAACAAUACAUUUUAUUGUGAUUUCACCAAGUGCUCAAUCAUGUGAAGAUACGAAACGAAUUUUCCUUUACAUCAAUCAUCAGAGUGUUAUGAUCACAUUCUUAAUCACAUAUGGUGUGAGAGUGUUAGUACGACUUGUUUUCCUUAUUAAAACUACGAAGAUUAGUGAAAUGAAAAUCUUUCUGAAAAAGGAACAACCAAAACGAGCUCUGUUUGGUUUCGUAGUGAUUCUUCUAUCAAUAUGGGGAUUAUUUAUUAACUCCAUGUCGCUGCAAAUACUUUCACUCCAGUUAUUAUAUAUGAUCUAUGUUCUAUUUGGUGCAGCGAUUUUCUGUUCUGCAGUGGUCAACAAGAAGCUGGUGAUCACUGAUCCAAGACAGCCUGAUCAGACUACAGCCAUUGUUCAAUUCAACCAUCUCACUUCGUUGACCAUUCAUUUCCAACGCCACAUAUACGUCGAACAAUUCUUAGUCGAUACGAAGACUUUGUUACCGAAACUUACUCAUCUGAUAAUUUCCUACGACAAUUUACGCCUGGUCACAGAUGACUUUACACGUGCUGAUACUCGUCGAAAUUGUUCCAAAGUUCAAAGUUCAAUAUUUAUUAUUUCCACCGUUACAGUACAUUCCUAG